AUGUCUCUACCAGUUAUAAGUAUUCAGUGUGAUUGGAAUGAAGCAUUAAGAUUACCCAAUGAAACAGUUUGGAUAUCAUCUAAAUAUUUAAAUGCUAACAGUGUUCAUGAUAAAAUAAGAACAUCAAUAAAUAAAAAUGAUGGUAAAUUAAAAAUUAAUUUAUCUGAUGAUUAUCAAUUUAUUUCACAUUCAAAUUUAAGUUUAGUUCUUAAAGAGGUAAAAUCUGGUUUGAAAGUAGCUUUUGUUGCUCCAACAAAGGCACACAAUGUACAUAAAAAAGCUAUUCUGUCUGUCUCAACUGCUGACAAUGCAUUAGCAGUGUCUUCAUGUGAAGGAGAUAAACUUCUUGUUUGGGAUAGCAGAACAAAUGAACAGCUUUUGGAUUUAAAAGGUCAUGGAGGACCUGUUUACAAAUGCAGAUUCUUUCCUUCUGGAGUUGUUGUGAUUUCUGCAGGAGCUGAUGGUUCUUGUCGAAUUUGGUCAGCGGAAUCUGGAAUAAACCCAGUAACUUUAAAAGGCCAUACUAUGUCUAUUGCAGAUGUAUGUAUAAUUGAUAAAGGAAGAAAUGUCAUAUCUGUGAGCAAGGAUGGUUUAGCAAAGUUAUGGGAUGUUGGUGAAUCAAAGUGCUUAGAUGACAUCAUUGCGGCACAGGCACCUAUUAAUUGCUGUGCUCUUUCUGUUACAAAUGAUGAAGUAGAAGUAGAAAAUGAAAGAGAGGUGGCAACUGGCAAUAAAAUCUUAGUGGUAGGCUGUGAAAAUGGCUCCAUAAUAUGUGCACAUGUGGCAAAACGAGAAGAAAUAUUUAGAAAGCAAUUAGGUUCAGCUUGUAAUGCCUGUGCAAUUGUUGAUCAAACUAUUAUUCUUGGAUGCAGUGAUGGAAAGAUUACUUUACUUAACCUACAAGAUGGAUCAAUAAUAAAGGAAUUGCAUGAAGCAGCUAGUCCAGUGCUAAGUAUAGCCGCCCUAUCUAAUCAAUUGUUUAUUGUUGGAAGACAAGAUGGUAACUGUGCUGUGCUAUCAUUGCAAGAAAUACACUCUUCUGUCAGAGUUCAACUGACUGGUUCUGACUGUGAUGGCAUUAGGGAUAUUGCAUUCAAUGGAAAAUGGAUUUUAACUGCCUGCCGGGAUUCAUACAUCAGAAAAUAUGAUUUUAACCAAGUAAAUGUACAUUUUAAG